AUGUGUUUCCUGAUCGGUGGGUUUGAGGUAAGGUCGACUACCUUCCCCUUUUCUGCGUAUGAAAAUCUUCUCGCCAUAGUUUUCGCAAGAUCGGAGACGGAGAUAAUGUCAUCCCUCCAGGACGUCACAGUGCAAUACGCAAAUGUCAGUGACCCAGUGGAAAGAGCAGCUCGACUACAACGAAUUCUGGAGAGUGAAGCACAAGGUCUAAUGGCCACCACGGCAAGAUCUAUGUUCAUAGCCCAGACCACUCGCCAAACGCCGACGAGUCAUAGCCCAACAGAGGGACACCUCAUCCGACUGAGUGAAGAGAACCCUACAGCAGAGAACCAACAAUCAGAACAACCUCUCACACAACCCCUGGAACAACCAAAAAGGCCUCGCGGCAGACCACCAUCAAGGAAACACAACUCAGAAGCAGGCACUAGCAAAAGGACGACAAAGCAAAACAGAGUCUCACCAUUCAAGAGAAUCUCACCUCUAUCCAGGGUCAUCCACAACCGCACUUCCCCAAUCACCCAUGGACAUGGAACUCGACGCAGCAGAGUAACUCUCCAGAGGGGUGCUUCCACCUCAGACCCACCAUUGGCACUCUCACCACCUCUCACCUUGAUCCCGGCGAUACGACGAGCUAUGAGAAAGGACAAAGCGGAUUUUCAAAAUCCGUUAAAUCCUCUUCCUUAA